UAUCACCAUUAUUACAGUUUCUGUUCACCUGCAAAAAGAUUCCUCCAUUUUCUUAGGGAAGUGAGAAGAAGAAAAAUGGAUAGCACAGGUGGAAAAUCAAAGAAGGGAGCAGCAGGAAGGAAAGGAGGAGGACCAAAGAAGAAGCCAGUUUCAAGAUCAGUUAAAGCUGGUUUACAAUUUCCAGUUGGAAGAAUUGGAAGGUACUUGAAGAAAGGUCGUUAUGCUCAACGUGUUGGUACUGGUGCUCCUGUUUAUUUAGCUGCUGUUCUUGAGUAUCUUGCUGCUGAGGUGUUGGAGUUAGCCGGAAAUGCUGCAAGGGACAACAAGAAGAACAGAAUCAUCCCAAGGCAUGUAUUACUUGCUGUUAGGAACGAUGAUGAGCUGGGAAAGCUUCUUGCAGGAGUAACAAUUGCUCAUGGAGGUGUUCUUCCAAACAUCAACCCAGUUUUAUUGCCAAAGAAGGCUGCAGAAAAGUCCCCUAAGGAACCCAAAUCUCCGUCUAAGGCUACCAAAUCCCCAAAGAAAGCUUAAAUAGAUUAAUGGUGGAUUUGGCUGGUUCUCAGUUUAGAUUGUAUUCCAUGGAACCUUGUAUGUAAUGUUAGUAGAUGUUUUUAAUUAGGGUUUUUUAAUUUGGAAAAAAUUGGGUAAUGGGAUCAGGGUUCUGAGUUGUAGUUGAGGAGAUAAUUUGUGAAUCGAAUCAUAAUAGUUUGAUCAUUCACUUUCUUUGUAAUGUUGUUGGAAUCAAUGACUGUUCUCUUUAACCCCUGUUUAUUCCCUUAAUUGCAAUGAAAUGUUUUCUAAUUGGUUGGACA